AUGCGCCCAACCGCCGUCCUGAGACUCCGCCGCGCAGUGAUUGAAGUCGAGAGAAAGUUCUCCUGCGGGCCAAAAUCGGGAGAAAUAUUCCGUUCCAACAGGGGCUCGCCAUCGUUCGACCAUGUAGAGAACAUUGGACAGAGCGUCUUUGAAGACCAGUACUUUGACUACCGCCAACAGCUGUCCAAGAACGGAGUCUGGAUACGGCGACGGGAAGGCAUCUGGCAGGCCAAAGUGCGGACAGACCUGACCAAUUCAACCUUCACCGACUCUCGAUUCGAAGAGCUGUCUGAACCCGGUGAAGUGCUCAGGCUGGUCCAGCGGCUUGUGUCUGGAGUGAAGUUCCUGCCCACGGAGAGAGAUGGCAGCGAUGUGAGACAAUCUGGGCUAGAAGUGAUGGCUCGAUAUACGACAUAUCGGGAUACCUGGAGGUUCAACCGGGAAUUUGAGGUCGUGUUGGAUAGAACGGACUUUGGCCAUUGGGUUGGAGAGGUUGAGCUACAGCGGGACAUCGAAGUGGAUGAAGAUGAGACGAAGGCCUUCAACCAGCGGCAGGCUGUCUCUGCUGCAAUGGACAGGGAUAUACGGGCCUUUAUGGAGUGUUACCAGUGGGCAUUUCCUGUCGACAAGCCUGUUGGCAAGCUGUCUGCGUACUUUGCAAAGAGAUGA